AUGGGGGAGAUCUUUCUUGACCGGGCACUCGGGCUCCUGGCAUCGGAGAAGCAAAAGGAUCGAAGUGAUGGGCUGGCAGACCUGAAACAUAUCCUGCAACAAAACAAACAGAGCUCCAAACUUUUAGAUCUCAAUGAUAAAGCCUGCUUCAAGAUUCUUGGGUCUCUCUUCCAACUGGUCGCCUCGGAGAAAACCGGUUAUGCCCGAGCCCAACGGUCGAACUCCAAGAGCCCUUCUAUUACACGCCUGUCAGCAUGUGCGUCGGUGAUGCGGAUUGCGGUCGACACCUUCCUGCGAAAUAUCAGAACCAAGACCGUCCGUGCCAUCAUUGAACAUAUCACCGAGACCAUACCAGUUCCCGGAGAAGGCCUCUGGGAGCUCAUGAGCGUGGACUAUACCAAAUGCCUGACAUCUCUACUUCGCUACCCACCCCACACGGAGCAUCUUGGAGAUGGAGAAUGGGAGAAGCUCAUUGAGUUCUGCCUGACUGCAUUGAGCCUUCAAGAGGGUGAUGAGAGUCAACUCAGUAUUCGCAGCGGGUAUCGAUCUGCUGCCGAAGAUACAAGCGAUGGCCGUUCCACCCCAGCAAGGAUGACUCCCGUUCCAGCAGCUAGAGAAAAACAUGUGGGCGAUAGGAAUGCCAUCGGAGAGGUUGUAGUGUGUAUUCAGAUUCUGACUGCAAGCCCAAGUGCCCCCGUUCAAAUUGCUGCCGAAAAUAUCCUCCAUGGGCUUGUGGAAUUUGUCAAAUCCACAUCAAUGGUGGCUGGGAAUGCACACCAGCUUGCGUUCAAUAGCAUCAAUACAGUCGUUUCAAAAGUGUUGUUUGAUCAGUCUCAAAUGACUCGAUCAGCUCUCUUGCGCCUCAUCCCGGUAAUUCGACGCUUGUGGGUCACUAAGCUCCAAAGCCUGAAGGAUGAGUUACUUGUCACUUUGAUGCACUGCACAGUUGUCCUUGCGGAUACAGCUCGAAAAGAUCCUUCCGAGUCGCUGGAGCGCUCUAUCGAGGGACUCACCAGCUCCCUUAUUUCAGAGUACGUGAGACGUCCCGAGAAAGAAUUGUUGCAGGUCGACGAUGUGGUAUUUCACGAGGCAGCGGAGAUAGAGAAUCGACCGCUGUAUGGACCUCGCUUAGGGUACUCUCGAUCAGAACACAACUGGUCUCUGGUCUGGGUCAUCGCGAGCUUGCUGAAGCUGUCGGAAGACAUUUCAGCCAAUCGAACAGACCGGGACUCACUUCGUGAGGCCUCGGGCAAAAGGCAACGUUUGAACUCCGGAAUCGAGGAUAUCUUUCGAGAUGCGAUUGCAGCUAUAGGAGCGCGGAAGAUAUGUGCCCUGCAACUGGUACCUUUCCUUGAACGCACAAUAAACGUGGAAAGAAAAGAGUCUUUCCUCCGGCGACUUACUCCUAACAUCAUAGAUGACAAUGGCGCUAUUUCUUCCUGGACGAUGAUUGCAUUGGCAAGCAUUGCAACAGGCCCUGACUCGAAAGUGGCUGCGUUCAAAGGCCACUGGCCAAGGACUGUGGACCUCACAGCCCGAGCAUUCUCUUCUUCAGUCACAUCUAGAGCCGCUUGCAAGCUCAUGAGUGCAAUAAUAGAAGCUGAACUGCUGGAUUAUUCCACUUUGACCGACAUCACGCGGUCCAUGCUGUCUUCCGCUAAUCUGAAUGGCCCCUCUGCAAUAUCAGAUACGUCUUUGGGUCUUUGGGCAUUAAUAGCACGGAAGAGAUCCCAAAUAAGCCCCGGGUCAGCACAAAACGCUUCAAAGCAGAUCUGUAGUUGGCUGAGGGAAGCCUGGACUAUUGGCUCAGUCACUGAUCGUGUUCAAACAGCUCAAGUAGCUCUCUUUGCGCGCCCGUUCGACUUGCUUAACCUCUUCAUGGCCUGCACCGAUCGAUCUUUCAGCCCUCCUCGUCUUCAAGAGACAGGGCCUACAGGACCCGUAGCAAGGGCGUGGUUUUUCUUCCAUGAGAACCAAGGCCUUUUAGAGUACCUCUUCAACAUUACACCUGACCUCCGUAACUCCGAUCCAUGGAGUAGGGAAAGCUCAUGGCGCCUAGAGACAUCAACACGACAAGACGCCGAUGAUUUAGUGAUCAUAGAGUUAUUGCGAUCAAAGUCUGACAUUUUUGUUCAAAACUGGAAUACAUUGACUGAAGACAGAUCGCUUCAUAUUACUGCAGACAUUCUGCAAAUACUCACUUCCUUCUGUAUUGUGUCUACUCUGUUUGGGGCAUGUCUUCCUCAGCAAUUGGAACCACGAAUGCAAGAAGUUCACAAGAAUUGCCAUCUCAUGUGGAAUGGCAUUUGUGAGUUUUUUGCAGCCCACGGAUCAAAUUCUUUACAACCUUGUCUUGAGACGAUAUUGCCAUUUAUUUCCUCGGCACCAAACACCUGCGCCGUCGCAUGGACUGGAAUCUCGUCGCUUAUCGCUCCACUUGCUAAAGUGCUCGAGAAGUUUCGCAAGGACUCCAAGCAAGACAGUACCGAAAUGCAUGAUAUCAUGGAUUUGGAUGAUCGGUUGACGGCUCAGGGCGAUCAAUUAUCAGCCGACCAGGGCAUCAUUUCUAUGAAUCGGGAGUCCAUUGCUCUAUUUCGAGACGCAGUCACAUUCCAGCGGUGUAUCACUAUUCAGCUUUCCGUCUUGUUAAAGGCACAGCCUGGGGCUGGCCCGCAGAAAAACCAUUCUUCGGGCCUCAUUGAGUACCUGACGAGCUUGAAUGAAGCAGACCUCUUGUCAGCUCAGCACGUAUUACCCGAUGUCUAUCGUGCUGUUUCGAAAAUGGACCAGGAGGACCUACUUCGUGUAAUGGAAGACCUGGGCGAACGAUGUCUACAGUCAUAUGAAAUGGAGCGAUGUGAGGCUUCUCACGGCAUCUGCAUUGGCAUGAUGACCGGAUUUGUUGCUUCUUGGACAGACGAACAAAAUGGAAUCCUGAAUGAAUCAGCCAUGGACCUGUACAGCUGGUUCAUGGAAGCCCUGCUGGCUAGAAAGAGAGCCUCGCCGAGAACCUACAUUGUCUUGUCCGAGCUCAUCCAGGCUGUGCUUGAUGCUCGCCCUUCAUACGGCAGCGAACAAUCACUCCCGUCGCCCCGUACAAGCCUCUUCACAAUCCUCCAGGAAGGCGAUGUCCAGGUCAAAUUUAGUGUUGCGGGCUUCAUACCUUCCUUGUUUGAGCGGUUCCUUCUCAAAGACCAUGAUGCUAUCUUUGACGAUGUUCUGGGAAGCUUGCCUAGGGACCCAGACUGGGUUGAAGGCAUUGCUCUUCGCCUUUUUGUCUUGUCUAAACUAGCCUCUGACUGGCACACUCUACUUCGCAGAUGCAUCUAUCACAUGUUCGAAACACCAGCUCAGGUACCAACCUCUCUCAAAUACGCCCAGAAGUGCAUGAGAUCCGCAUCGAAAGCACUUGGCUUGCGAGAUGCAACUGAGCUGUUUCGCCUUUUCGCGUCUCAAAUACUCUACACUUGGACGGAAACACAGACGUUUACUUCAAUGCCAUUCAGUAUCUUUGAAUAUGGGGAUCUCAAAGAAAUGCUGCUCGACGUUAAAGACGAGGUUGUUGGGCAAAUGAUGAUGCGGGCCAAGGAGUCGGAACUUCAGGAGCUUGCCAGUUAUCUCAAAAUUUCGCAUGCUGAACUUCUGGAAACAUCUUUCCACAAAGCCGAGGCCUACUGCAUCGCGCGAGACAUCACCACGCCUCCUGAACCGGGCAGCCAGCCCAAAGGCGUAGAAGUUCGGAUGAGAAAGCUACUGGGUGCCGACAUCUUUACGACACAUGCUGAGAAGCGCUUCCCUGAAAUCAUUGCCAUUUUUUUCAAAUCCCUGGAUCGUUAUGAUCAGAUUGAACGAGCAUUUUCAAAACGUCCAAGUUUCCAAUAUGCAUUGGAUAUUCAAAACAAGAUUGCUGGCAAAAGCGCGGCUCAAAGCUCGUUGCCAGCAAAUCAACAGCCCUCAUUUCGGGCCCGCUACCUCCUGGACGAGCUCGAUUUCCUUUGCAAACGAGUAGGUUUCGAAUUAGAGUCAAUCUGGACUCCUGUACUAGCAUCAUUUGUUUGUCGGUCGUUACUGGAAACAAUACAUCCGGCCCUGGGAUCUCUUCACACGUGUUCUGCUAUUCGGAAAAUCAGAAUCCUUGUCUGCCUAUGUGGUCCAGUGAUGCUAGAGGGCUAUCCUUUCGAAAUGCUGCUUCAUGCCCUCCGCCCAUUUCUGAGCGAUGUUCACUGCUCGGAAGAUGCCUUGGGGAUUUUCUGGUACUUACUAGAAGCCGGCAAGGGAUAUUUGGAGAAUAAGCCUGAGUUGGUGGCAGGGAUCUGUGUUGUGACAUUUUUGACGCUUCGCAAGCUUUUUGCGUCAUCACUUUCAAGCACCACUCAACACAGUCAUUUCGAAUCGGCACUGACAAAUGCGGAAAAAUUUCAUCCGUGGCUCCGUCAGUUUGCUGAAGAAUGCCGUAGUCCAGACUGGAAUCACGAGAUCCAGGAGCCCUACUCUCGAAUGCUGGAUCUUACUCAGCAGUUAUCAGCACCAAAGCGGCCAAGAAGUGGCCCAAGUGAGAAGGACUUGGUUCUUGAAGUGCUUAAAGACCAGGACGCCGAAGUACCUUUGCUUCAGAAGCCGAUAGCGGAUCUUGUGCUCUCGUUAUUGUGUCCCGAGUUCAAAAAAAUAACUGGUGACGGCGCCAAGUCCUCUGAUAAUGCUCUUGACCCGAGCUCUCUCACUGUUUCGUUGUGGCGUACACUGCACAAGUUCAACGGCGGACCCGAGUACCGCUUAUGGGCCGCUAGAGUCAUCGGGCGCUCUUUUGCGUCUUCUGGCAAGAUAAGCGAAAAUCUGCUUCGAGAGCAGGACCUUUGGCUGUUCAACGAUCCAGUUUCAAUUGCGCCCUAUGAUGCAUUUUGUUUCUCUAAGUCCAACAUUCUACAAGUGCUCUGUGACAAAUUGCAAAUCCAAGAUCAUCUUGAGACAGGUCUCAUCGAACGCACUCUGCAAGUCAUUCUCAGCAACAUCACCAACUUCCCAGACGUCCAAGGCUGCGCUGAGAUCAUCCCCGAGUCACUAUUACCGGCUUUCAUUUGGAGUCCCUAUGCAUGCCCCCAGAUACCACUCUCAGUAGCCGAACUUGAACUGUCCAACAAGACCAAGUUUGAUGCGUCUGGCUUGCCUGUAUUUGAAUGGGCUCGUAACGUUUCUCUAUCUUUGUCCAGUGCUACCUUAGACGAUCCUGUUCUUGGUUCAUUGCGCAAAGUUCUUGCUGUCAUUCCCGAUUUGGCGAUACAGAUGCUGCCCUACAUAGUUCAUGACGCUUUGCUGGUUGAGAGCGACAAGAAUGGUCCGAUUCGGCAAUCAAUAUCUGAUGUCUUCAAGGAAAUACUUUCCAAAGCAAACGGAGAGACAAUUGCACAUGCUCGGCUCGUUAUCAGCUGCAUCUUGUAUCUGCGCAAUCAGCCCAUGCGGGAGGAAUCGACAAUGGUGGAACGUGACCGGUGGCUCGAUAUCGACUACGGAGAGGCAUCUUCAGCGGCACAUCGCUGCGGUUUACAGAAAACCUCGCUUCUCUUCCUCGAAAUAGAGGCUUCUAGAGUCGUUUCAGGAUCUCGUCGCUCAUCUGUUGCCAAAUACGAGCCACCCAUCGAACUGCUCCAUGAUGUGUUCAAGAACAUUGAUGAUCCGGAUCUAUUCUACGGCAUUCAACAAAGCUCAUCUUUGACCACGGUAAUGGAAAGGCUGGAGUACGAGUGCUCCGGCUUCAAGAAUCUUCUCUUCCAGAGCGCCCAGUACGACAGUGAGGUCCAGAUGUUUGAGAAAGCGAAUCCACACGGAGUUCUGAAAGCCCUGAACUCGACGAACCUGCAAGGAAUUGCUAACACGAUGCUGUCCGCUGUAGGAAGCUCCGGUGAAACGCCUCUUUCCUUUGAUAGCACCUUGCAGGCGGCAACAAGUCUUCAACAGUGGGAUAUUCCCGUAUCGCCAUUAAACUCCUCACCAUCGGCGACAGUCUUCCGUGUUUUCCAAAGCUUGGAUACAUCAUCUUCACUGUCAGAAGUUAAUCUAUGUAUCGACGAUUGCUUGCUAAGGAUUCUCAACAAUGUGGUUGAGACCGGCCAGUCGGCAAAAAAGCUGCGGACUUCAAUGCGAGCAUUGGGAAUCAUGACCGAAAUAAGGGAUGUCCUUCAGUCAUCAUCGCCCGAGGCAAUGCAAGAAGCAUGGGAGACUAUCACGGCAAGAAGCAGUUGGCUAAAGACGGAAAGUUAUCAUGAGGUUGGCGAAAUCUUGAGUUGGCAUGAGGCUCUAUUCUCCUCAAUUAGGAAACAUGAUUUCCUCAAAUCGAGGCCGGACCUAAGCGCCGGUGUAUCGAGACUCCUCGAAGCAAAUGUCUUCCGGCAAUCGCUGGAAAUUACGAGGAGUCAUGGGGUCUCCCAGGCAUCGCUCAAAUCUGCAAUCACACUCUCGAAGCUCUCUGAACCGUGCGCGGAGCUAGGUAUGAAUAUUGAAGGGGCUGCGAAGUUUGAUCUUGCCAAUGUUCUCUGGGACCAAGGUGAAAUGACAGCCUCGAUUCGUAUGCUACAGCACCUCAAAGGACAGGGGGACUUGCACAAACAAGCGAUCCCAAUCAGUCGUGCUGAGCUUCUCGUUACUUUAGGUGAUCAUGUGGCUGAAGCACGCCUGGAGAAACCCGAAUCGAUCCUUCAAGACUAUCUGUACCCGGCGGUCAAGGAGCUAAAGGGGGCUGGGAAGGGAGAAGAAGCCGGAAGAGUCUAUCACGGGUUUGCCGCGUUUUGUGACCAACAACUUCUAAAUCCAGAUGGGCUUGAAGACUUCAAACGAGUUGAACAGCUUCGAGACCGAAAAGAAAAAGAGAUGCAGGGCUUGGAAGAUAUGAUGAAGACUGCCGAGGGCAGAGAAAGAGAAUCUUUGAAGAUUUUCCGCGCAAAGACCAAGCAGUGGUUUGAUCUUGACGACCGCGAAUAUCAGCGUUUGCUCCGGAGUCGAGAAGCCUUUCUGCAGCAGUGUCUUGAAAAUUAUCUCCUGGCUUUGAGGGAAAGUGAUGCUUACAACAAUGAUGCUCUGCGAUUUUGCGCGCUCUGGCUUGAUAAAUCAGACAGCAACACUGCGAACACGGCUGUCAAGCGAUACAUUAGUGAGGUCCCCAGUCGGAAGUUUGCACCUCUGAUGAACCAGCUUUCCUCGCGUCUGCUAGAUGUCUCAGAUGAUUUUCAGUCGCUACUUACAGGGUUGGUAUUCAAGAUUUGUGCAGAGCAUCCGUUCCAUGGCAUGUAUCAAAUCUUUGCCAGCAGCAAGUCCAAAGGAGGCAAAGAUCCUUCAUCCCAUUCUCGAUUUCGAGCUGCCAACAAGCUCGUUGACAAGUUGAAAAACGACAAGGAAAUAGGGAUCACAUGGAUUGCAGUUCACAAUAUGAACAUCAGUUACGUCCGCUUCGCAAUCGAUAAGCCGGGCAGCAAAUACAAAACGGGCGCAAAGAUCCCCUUGAAGAAGCUUUCUACAGGAGAUCGUCUUUCGAAAGACGUAGAGACCUACAAGCUUCCUCCGCCGACCAUGAAAAUCGAGCUGCGUGUUGAUUGUGACUACAGUGAAGUCCCCUCGAUCCAAAAUUUCCAUUCCGAGUUCACAAUCGCCUCGGGUGUGAGCGCCCCCAAAAUUGUGACUUGCAUUGCCACCAAUGGCGAGCGCUAUAAACAGCUGUACAAAGGAGGCAAUGAUGAUCUACGCCAGGACGCAAUCAUGGAGCAAGUCUUUGAGCAAGUCAGCAGUCUUCUCAAAGACCAUCAGCCUACUCGACAACGAAACCUAGGGAUCAGAACGUACAAAGUUCUUCCCUUGACUCUCAAUGCAGGAAUCAUUGAAUUUGUUCCAAAUACUAUUCCUCUUCACGACUAUCUGAUGCCGGCACAUCAGCGAUACUUCCCCAAGGAUAUGAAGCCUAAUGCCUGCCGAAAACACAUCGCUGAUGUGCAGACUAGAUCGUUUGAGCAACGAGUCAGGACCUAUCGCCAGGUGACUGAGCAUUUCCAUCCAGUGAUGAAGUACUUCUUUAUGGAGAAAUUCAACAAUCCAGACGACUGGUUCAGCAAGAGAUUGUCGUACACCCGCAGUACUGCAGCCAUCUCCAUCCUCGGCCACGUUCUUGGCUUGGGUGAUCGACAUGGACACAACAUCUUGCUGGACGAGAGGACAGGAGAAGUCGUGCACAUCGAUCUGGGUGUUGCCUUUGAGCAAGGUCGCAUCUUACCAAUCCCAGAAGUGGUGCCUUUCAGACUCACACGAGACCUGGUCGAUGGCUUUGGAAUUACGAAGACCGAGGGCGUGUUCCGCCGCUGUUGCGAGUUCACACUGGAGGCACUUCGACAAGAGUCAUACAGUAUCAUGACCAUUCUCAACGUGCUCCGUUACGAUCCGCUGUACAGUUGGACUGUGUCUCCCUUGAGAAUGAAGAAGAUGCAAGACAACCAGGGAACGAGCGAAGGGCCACCCGUUUUGCCUGGAGAGGCAGACAAGUCCUCAACGAACGAACCCAGUGAGGCUGAUCGAGCUUUGACGGUGGUUGCUAAGAAGCUGAGCAAGACGCUGAGUGUCACUGCUACUGUCAACGAGUUGAUUCAGCAGGCAACUGAUGAGAAGAAUCUUGCUGUUCUUUAUUGUGGAUGGGCAUCCUAUGCAUAA